AGGAGCAGAUCUGAGCCAUUAGAAUUUGAAUGUCAUCUGGCGGUCUUUAACUGUCCAAUGAAAAGGCUUUCCGAGGUUUCCUUCCUGAUUUGCAUACGACCAUUAUAUAAGGCGGUCGAGUUCCCAAGUAUCACAUUGCUUCUGUUUAACAGCAAAUAGGAAACAUGCCUGAGCCAGCGAAGUCUGCGCCCAAGAAGGGCUCGAAGAAAGCAGUGACGAAGACUGCCGGAAAGGGGGGAAAGAAGCGCAAGAGGUCCAGGAAGGAGAGCUACGCCAUUUACGUGUACAAGGUCCUGAAGCAGGUUCACCCGGACACGGGUAUUUCUUCUAAGGCCAUGGGUAUCAUGAAUUCUUUCGUCAAUGAUAUCUUCGAGCGUAUCGCUGGUGAGGCGUCCCGCCUGGCUCACUACAACAAGCGCUCCACCAUCACUUCCAGGGAGAUCCAGACAGCCGUGCGCCUUCUGCUUCCUGGCGAGCUGGCCAAGCACGCCGUGUCUGAGGGAACCAAGGCGGUCACAAAGUACACCAGCUCCAAGUAAAGCCUCUCGCUUUGCAAAAAGAAACCAAAGGCUCUUUUAAGAGCCACCCACAAAAUCAGAAAGGAGCAGAUACCUUAAAGUAGUUUUUUGUGUAUAAGGGAUUUUGUGUUGUGGUUAUAUGCUAUAUUAGAAAUGACAAUUGGUAAUCUGAGUUCACUUGAUGGUUGUUGGUUUGCAAACUCCACGUAAUUGGAAGGUUUGCUUAUUGGGGUACUGGGGAAAAGAUCUUUAUCUGAAGGCUUUUAAUGUUUUGUCCAGAUCUUUCACAAAUGAUGAAUACAUGAAACACAAAGGAUCAUGUUUGAAGCCCACCCAAGAUCAUUAAAAUGCCUAUGAAAAACUUAAUUGCAGUGAAUGAAAUGAGGGUGUACCCCAGUCCUGUUGGCAGUAUAUGAGGCUUUAUAAGAGUCACUUUUAAUCUAGCUGAACUCAUCUUUGCAAGCCUAGAAGAGCCUGGAUGACAGGGGUGGACUUGCCAUAAGACAAUGGUAGGCAGCCGCUUGGGGCCCCAUGAAGACAAUUUCUGGAAGUUACAUUUAUGGAUGGGAAAACAGGAUGAUUUAAACCUCAGCCUUGGGGAAGGAGUGCGGUAUAAGCUGUGCUAGGCUACAGCCCAGGGUCAUGGCAAAAGGGUGCGCUUAGUUACAUUUCACUCCCCUCCCCCUGAUGUGCAGAUCAUACUGUCAGCUUUCCCUCCCCCACUCCAAUCGGGGAGUUGUACUGUGUUUUGAUUAGUAUAUUACUGAAGUAAAAUGAUUGUCAUAUAAACCAUGUGUGACCAUAGCAGGGGGCAGCUCAUUCAGAACCUGGGGAAUGGUGCCUGGGGUUUGGUACCUUGCUCAGGGUACCUCAGUGGUACCUCACUAUUCAGGGAUUAAAACCAGCAGCCUUUUCAAUCAUGAGCAUGCUUCCCUAACCAUUGGGCCACUACUGCACUGCCCUAACAUAUUAUUGAUGUUCCCUCAUUUCAAAUACCCUCUCAUUUCUGUUUUGGCUCCAAAAAACAGCUCAUAUGGCCACCUUAGGAGCCCCCCUACCCAGGUCAACCUCGGGCUCCCAGAGAAGUUUAGUCCUACAUUGGGUGCAUCGGAAAGGAGGAGAGGAAAAUGUGAGAAGUCUGGAGGGAGGCCACAGUACCGAGUACUGAAUUGUAAAGAGAGAAAAAUCCAAAUGGGCAGAUAGUUUUUCUCAAUUACUAUGGCACACUUCAUGACACAUACUUAAAAUUCUCAUGAUUAUUAGAGCAUUUCUCAAAACAGGUUUUGCGUAUAGUAUUACAGUGUGGUUAAGCUGUAAAUGGCUGCAACUCACCCAAAACAAUA